UGACGUAAAGAUAGUCCACCUGGACCAAUCAGCUGACACCACGAACCAAAUUUUAAAUAUUAGUUGGAGAAGCAAAAUGUUGAUUAAUGUUAACCUUCUCAGGACUUAGAUAUUUCCAGGCUUAGUAGAUGAUCAGUUUGUAGCAAUGACCAGUCCAAUAUUUAGUGAUUUUACGGGAAAUAGCGUGUGGUUCCGAAUAACUCCUUAUUUGGUUCUACUGGCUUUGGAAAACUUGGUUAACGUGUCGGAAUGCUUAUCGCAAGGAGAAAUUAACAAACAUUUGGAACAAGGCAAAGAAUAUCUCUCCAAAGGCCAGUGGGGGGAUGCUUUAACGCACUACCACGCGGCAGUAGAUGGAGACCCAACCAACUAUCUCACCUACUUCAAAAGAGGUACUGUUUACUUAGCGUUGGGAAAAGCGAAAAAUGCUUUAGGGGACUUUGACAAAGUCCUAGAGCUGAAGCCGGACUUCACAGCUGCUCGAAUCGGGCGAGGCAAUAUCCAUUUAAAACAAGGAAGUUAUGAUCUUGCUCAGCUCGACUUGUACAAUGUGUUGAAAGCGGAUCCAGAUAAUGUGGAAGCAAACGAAUUACUGAAGCGGAUUGAACCAGCAAAAGAGCGCAAGGGAAACGCUGAAUAUUAUUAUGGAUAUAACGAUUAUGCCAGUGCAAUACAAUACCUUAGCGAGGCAAUAGAAGUGAGCCCGUGGGCCGCAAGUUUAUAUGAAUUCAGAGCGGAAAUGCAUUUGGAAACGGGAAAUGAAAUUGCAGCGAUAUCCGACAUUAAAGCAGCCACCAAACUGCAGAGUGAUAACACUGAUGGUUUUCUUAAACUUGCCCAGAUCCUCUACAAAACUGGCAGUGCAACAGAGUCCUUAAAAGCUAUAAGGGAGUGCCUGAAGCUGGAUCCGGAGCAUAAAAAAUGUUUCACUUUUUACAAAAAGAUUAAAAAAGUUGAAAAGGUCCUAGUUGAGGCUGAAACGGCUGUUGAAAAUAACAAUUAUGCUGAGGGUAUCGAGGCUGCCUUAAAAGUAAUAAAAAAUGAAGAAGACGUAAGACAAAUUAUAUUCCAGGCUAAGCGCAUCCUCUGUACCUGUUAUAUGAAUGAAGAUCGAUCUGAAGAGGCUGUGAAAGCUUGCAGUGAGGCGCUCAACAUCUAUGAAGAAGCGGGUAUUUACUGUGAUAGAGCUGAAGCUUAUUUGCAAUCUGAAUUAUAUGAUGAUGCUAUAAGAGACUUCAGAGCAGCGUUAGAAGUUGAUAAACAUUUUGAAAGGGCUAAGGAAGGUUUGAAUAAGGCAGAAAAUAGGCAAAAACAAUCGGAGAAGCGGGAUUACUACAAAAUAUUGGGUGUUAAAAGAACGGCAACUAAGAAAGAAAUUGUGAAAGCCUACAGGAAAGCAGCUCAAAAGUGGCAUCCUGAUAACUAUCAAAUGGAUGAAAAAAUGAAAAAAAUUGCAGAAAAGAAAUUCAUAGAUAUAGCAGCUGCCAAAGAAGUUCUUACCGACGAGGAAAAGCGGCGACAGUUUGAUAACGGUGAAGAUCCACUCGACCCAGAAUCGGGUAAACAGAACAUGCACGCCAAUUUCCAUAACUUCCAAAGCUUCCAUGGAAGCCCGUUUCAGUUCAGGUUCCAUUUCAAUUAAUACAAGUGAGUGCAAAAUCGAACUUAAUUUAUAUUUGGCGCUAAGUGUUGAAAGUGCAUUGCUAGUUUAAAGGCGGCAAGAUAAAAAAAAAUGUUUUGUGUGAUCCGUUGUACCACAGGAAAUUGUAAAGAAUUAUUAUUGAAAAUGUUUGUUUCCAAUUAGGACUUUUUUGUCGUUUUUUGACUAGAUUAAGUCUAUAUGAAAAAUAUGUUUUACACUUUUAUGCUUUUACUAUCAAUACCUGCAUACUACCAAAUUAAAUAAUCCGAAAGAAAUACUGUGUGACCCCGUUAGUCGUUUAAGUUUAAAGGACGUUGGAUUCUCUACGCCUAAGUAAAAACUGAUACUUAGUGCAUACCAAGGGUAUAUCGUGUACAAAGCCACGUUAUGGACUGAAUUUAAUUUAUAUAAUAUUGUAAAUAUAUGUUUCAGUUAA